AUGCCGUCGACAAGCAGCAGACACCUUCUCCCUGACCCGCAUGUCUUCUCUCAUGAGCACUCGCCGCACCCGUUGCGGCGGCAGCAACAGCAGCUUCAUGGUGAGAAAAGUGUGGCCUCGAAGAGCCGCAGGGGAAGAAAAGGGUCUGCUGUUGCGACAGAGCGGACGCGCAGUGCCAGUUUUGAGACACGCAGAGCCGCAAGGGCAGGAAACGGCAAGAAGGCCGCUGAGGCUGAAGACCAAAGGGAGGAGAUACAGAUCGAUCAGCCCCCCUGCGAUGGCGAUGACAUCUGCACGGAGUGGUUCGAGAAUGUGGAGGUCGGCUGCUACGACAGCAGCCCGACGCUGAUGGAGUUGGGCGUCUGGGACGCAGAGCACGUGCGGCGCAGUGCGGAGGCAGCGCGAGACAUGGCGUUCAUCCGCGGCGCCAUCAGUGCCCUGCGCGCGGAUGCAGGCGCUGGCGUACCCGCUACACGCAGCAGCGUCCCUGUAGAGCUGACUGCCGGGGCGUGCAGUGAAAUCGAGGUGAAACGGGGUGUGAUUAUACCAGCCGCUGCAGCGACACAGGCACGUGGUGAGCGGAAUAUCGUUAUUGAUAGCGCAAGCAAUUCUGAAGCUGAGGAUGGUGGCAGCUUCGUGCCGGUGGUGGCGAAGCAAGAGGGAUACACUGUGGUCACGGCGUCAACUGCAAAACCAACAGUGGAAAAAAUAAUAGAAUCCCGUGGGAAAAAGUUAAUUGACGCAAGAGACCUUUGA